AUGGAGGGUGGAUUGAGUACAGAUGUUUUUAUUCGUCACGUGGGAGCGAUAAGUGGAGUGAGUGUAUCAGCGGAUGCUCGUCGAGAGGGCGCGGAAUUUUUCGAGCGGUUGAAAGCGCAGCCGAAGUUGGCGAUAGAGGUAUGUUUGACGGUUUUGCAUGAGGCUUCUACGAUGGGUAGUGCGGCUAGUACGAUGGCGUUGAUAAUAUUACGUCAAGCAGUGUGUGCAUAUUGGACGUUGCGUGAUGACGCAUUACGUCGAGCAUUGCCUAGUGCUCGUGGUUCUGCAUCUUCGAGUCGGACAUCGGGUUCAUCGUUGCCUCCUCAUGAAAGUGGUCCUUUUCUGGAGACGGGAGGAGGUGAGUCUGUAAGUUACAGCCAGUGGUUGGCUACUUUGGAAGUCGUGUUAUCGCAGUGUGUCGCAUUGGUGGGGUAUCAGUGUUCUAGACUGGAGACGCGUGAGGAUGUUACAACACAGGCGUUGACGGCGGAGGCUAGGUUGGCGUUGCAUGUGUAUGGAUUGGUAACUCGGAAAAGGUUCGCCUUACCCUCCGUUUUCCCCAACGCGGCAGCGCCGGGAGGUGUGUUGGAGAAUGUACGGGGUGAGGAAGUCUCGCGGUUACAGCGAUUGUUAGCUCGUGAAGAUGCAGACCUGGAGACGGCAUUGCUUGUCUUUGCCUUAGUAGAAGAGGUGGGCAAGUCCGACCGCUGUGGUUUACAAGGUUUACGUGUGCAGGAUGUGCUUGCAACACAUCGCUAUUUUGAUAACCAUAUUUCAAGCGAACUAAUUGACUGGGCUGUACGACGUCUGAUACGAACUAAUAGCUGUUUGGCACGUACCGAACUACUCAAGCUUCUGGUACUUCUGUUCACCUGGUCCCAAGAGAUCCGCUUUAACGUACGUGUAGAUAAUCUUUACGCCUCUAUGUGUGUGCGCGAAACCGUCAAAAAUGUGGUACUGAACACAGACAUCUCACUUUACAACGUUGUCCUCCAACUUGAACAAGAGCUGUUUGCAAGCGAUCGAUGGGGCUCAUCCUAUGCAGAACAAUUCCUCAAGGCACUUGGUGAAUUAAAUAUACGUCUUGCUUGUCUCCGAUUUGGCAGUUCUAACGAACAUGUGCACACGAAAUACCUACAACAAAUCGUGGGCUCUCUUGACACACUCCUGGAUGCAUGCACCACCUUACGAACACAGAAUUCCACCCCCUAUCGAUCCUGUAUAACUUGGCUUGCUCUCAAACUGGACGUGCUUUAUUGCCUACUCAAGAAUCCUGAUUGCGACCUGGGCGCUUGUCCUUCAGACAUUCUUCCCCAGGUAGUGCAACACUGCGUAAAGACCAUACUGCUUGUCCAUGCGGCACGCCAUGCCGACGACGACCACGCACAACUUAUAGACUUGGCUCUCAAAAUCGCCGCCUUCGUGUCCGUCUACAAACGUCGUCUGGAGCCAGGCUUGACGUCGGCGCUAGACAAGACCGCUGUGGCGCCGUUAAUUAGAACGCUAGUCGUCGAUAACUGGCGUAUGAUGGAAAUCUUUACAGAGGACGACGAACAGGACCGCGUGCAAAAAAAGGAAGCAGCUGCAGCCGAAGCUGCAGCCGUGGCGACGGAAGCCAAAACACAGGAGGAGCUCAGUUCCGUUUUGCGUUUCCGUGGGUUCCAACUCGAGGAAGACGAUCGAUACCUUUACCGUAUCGGUUUACUCGGGCUCAUUUGCCGCACGUGCUUUGCAGACACAAUAUCGCUCGUUGCGCUUCGUAUACAAGAUGUUUACAAUAGCGCACAAAUGGACGAUGAUAUCAACGACUACCAACGCUACCUACUCUACCUCGCCACGGCUCUCUGUUCCGAUGAAUAUCCCAGCGGGGGCGCCGGACCUAGCCCUUACAGCGCACCUUACAAUCAUAGCCCCACCGGACACGCUAUGGUCAGCGUUAACAACAUCGAGGCUUUGUUGCGCGACGUAGGCGCUUUCCAAUCUCCAGCGGGAGGGGUCCCCGUCGUAGCAGAAGAAACAACCUUGCUAGAGUUCUUUAAAGGGGUUUCAAACAUACUACAAGACGAGGCCUUUGUCAACAAACUUAACCCCAAAACCCUUGUGCCAUACCUAGUCUAUCUCACCAGGAUGACCCUCACAUAUGCAUCACAUCGACACGGAGAAACUACUGCCACCCCAUUCGCCGAUGCCUUCACCACCGAAUUCCUACUCAUGAUGGCAUCUACGCUCAUCAAAUUGUCCGUUCAAUCACUACUGACCUAUCCCACAGAUCAAGCCAUCUCCCGACUCUCCACCUUGGCUCUCGCUUGCCUUACUCGUUCUGAGAACUACCCUUUGCAACCUUUCAUAUUCGAUCUACCAGUGUUUCAAAAUUACGUUAUCAAACAACUCAAUCCAAGCCAACCCCACGGUACCACACCGCUGAUCAACCUGUCACCCAAAGAUCUCACUAAGAUCGUUGAACUGGUAACUCUGUCUUCGUUAUAUUCCAGAUUCGAAAGGAAUGAUCAGAAUUUGAAACAAAAUUCGCUUCUAAAACAAGCCAAAUUGCUAUCAUAUCUCUCAUCAAUUAGACAGUUGGAGAAUAAAAGUGAAGAAGAGUUUUCAAUAUGUUGCUCGAUAUUGCGGGGUCUAAUUCGGGCUUAUACUCGAUCGCAUAUUGAAUGUUGUUGCGCUGGUUAUUUGGUGAGUUGGUUGUUUAGCAAGCAGCGUGUAAUCAAUAGUAUGGACGAAUGUUUGAAGAUGCUGGGUUGCGCGGGUUCGAAUCCCGGAGAUGAUAGCGAGAGUAUGUCUGGCGUAGUGGUUGAGGAUACGACAUGGUUGGAGGUGUUGGGAAGCAUAGGUGUAGGGUUGAGGCCGGAGACAUAUUCCCAGGUGUGUGCGUUAUUAAAGUUGACCGUGUCAAUCGUGCGGCCGGUAACGGACUUGACAUCAUUUGAGUUGGUGGUAUGCCAAGUGGAGAAGGCAGUCCACCAUCAGCUAACGUUCAUCGAUGCAGCUUUGAAACAAGCGAGUAGUGGACAAACGAGUAGUGGACAAACGAGUAGUGGACAAAUGGAGACUGCGCCGGAAAGACUUCAUUGGGUACGUUCGUUCAUUAUCCUGCUACGGACAUUUGUUACUUUACAAAGGAGUACUGGCGAUGGUGCGGGGAGCGGCAAACGGAGGCGUUUAGAACAAUUAGUUAGGUCAACAUCAAUUCCAUUUCUGUCCAAGAUUAUUGAGUCAGCUCCUGACUGUGAUCUAUUCUCAGUUGAGGAAGAAGAGAAGGCGGAUGUUGUGGCGAAUCUGUUACACCUAACUUCUCACGUCUUUAGUGUUGAAGAACCGGGCGAUGAGGCACCCUGUUGGUUCAUGCUCUGUAGGCCGAAUUUUGCUGCAUACUCGGUGAGUAUGGCCACGACGUUGCUUUUGCGACCGUCGUCCCCUAAGUUGACCGAGGCGGAGGAGUUCGUUGGCGCAGUCUGCAGCGCUUUGGUCAAGUGGCAUGGCCGCAGCGCUGGCAAUCAACCAUUCGUUCUCGAAGCUGUACGGUCUUGGCAGGAACCACUCGGACAACUCUUAGUGAACAUCGUCAUACAGGAGCUUUCAUCGCCAUCCUCUGGGUUCGGACGCCACAGAACAUCUAUAGGCUUAAGACUCACUAGCGACGUUGUACUAGCCAUAAUGUCCUUCUUAGUCGUCGAACAAAAACUCGAAACUCUACUUGAAACUUUACGGAGACAAAUCGUACAACUACAACCCGCCGCUGACACCGUUCUACCCGACCAUCUUAAACUCUUGUACGACGCAGGCACUCAAUGGCAUGCCAAACUACUCACCAGCGACAACCUCUCUAGGCCUGUCCGAUUCCGCGAAAAACUACUCGCUAACAAAAUGUUCUAUGACCAGGUCUUUGUCAAAUUCAUCGAAGAAUGCAAAUUCCAAAGAUGGUCAGACUAUUAA